ACGUCAUAUGGGCAGUUUUACGGCGCAGGACGGUACUGUAGUUAUAGAUUUCGCCCUUUUUCGGCUUCCAUCGCUUCAAUUGCUUCAAGUCAAAUUCAAAUUUGCUUACUUAGAAAUUCCAAGAAAAGAGCUUCGAUAAGUAAACGAUCAUGGGACUACGAAAUCCAAUCCAAAACCAUAUAUAAUCACUUAUCAGGCAGAUCGGAACAAAUCUUCUGCAAGCUAGAAGCUGCCAGGCCAAAAAAAAAGAAAAAAAAAGACCAUGUCACGCGCCUCCAAGCUUACACUGGCGGGCACAUCCCUCUUCGCCGUCGGUACCGUUAUCUUGGUGCACUUUCAGCAGAAUAUGGAAAAAGAGGCAAUGCAUGAAGGUGUCGUGCGGGACAUGGAACAGCAACGAAUAAAGAAGGAGCGCCAGCUGGAUUUCGAGAUGCAGAAGGUCUUGGAGGAGGAGUAUAAAAAGGGCCAGACCGUCCGGGACACCACAGCUGAGGCACAGCCCAAAGACUUGCCAAACCGGUAGCAUUGGUAGAAUCGGUAUGCCUUGUUGUUUCAUCUCAUCCGUUAGGUGUGUCAGUCACCUUUGUAAUAUGCGUCUAGUCGUGCCUUGAUGCCUACCUGCCUAUACCGGGACAUUUUUGGGUUCAAUCCAGGUUUUAUAGUGAGUGGGUGAUCACCGAGUUCUGAACUCGAGUGCUAUGUAUUAUACAAUACAACUUCUCCUCUUCCUACUACAAGGCUACUGCUCUUUUCUACCGGGAAAUAUGCUCAACAGCUAGUAUUCGUCUAUAAUGACGAUAUAUGCACUAUUUAUUGAACACAAUUGAUGUGUUCGUCUAUGCUCAGUGCCCCAUCUCCAACCUGUUAGCCAUCACGUAUGAACUCUCAUCUCCAAGAAUAAGAUUUUCAAAAAUACCUAUUUACCUACUUAGGUAGGUAGUCAAGCGAUAGGUAGUAUGAUAUAAAUCGUGGGUCCCACAUACUUGUCUGGGCAGUCAUACGAUCCAGAGAUUGGAUCCCCGUUACGACGGCUACAUAA